AUGGAAGAUCAAACUAUCAAUACUGUCAUUGAUAUGGAUCUUGAAUCUCCAUCUUCUCAAGGAUUAGGUGAUUAUGAUGAACGUUUUCGAGCACAAACGCCACCACUACUACCACCCAUCAACGAACCAAUCUACAAUCAACUUCUUACAUCUUUACCUAUUACUCAAACAUUAUCUAUAGAAACAAAUAAAUCAUCUGAUGAAUUAAAUAAUAACAAUAUUGAACUUGUUCCACCUAUACCAAUAGAUUUACCAUUAUCUAUACCAAACAUUAAUAAUGAUCAUAGUAGUUUUAAAUCAAAUAUUGAACAAAUUGAAUUUCCAUCUAAUGAAAAUAGUAACAUUGAUAAUAAUCAUGCAAUAAAUAUAAAUGAGAAUUUAACACAAAUAAUUAAUUCAAAUUCAUCAAUGGAUAUUGAAGAUGAUUCAAAUCGUUCACGUGAUGAAUUCGUUAAAUUAUUAACAAAAGAAGUUUAUAUAUUAAAAUCACCAAGUCCAUCAAAAAUUGUUAAUCAUCGUAGACGUUCAUAUGAUAAUAAUGAAUCAAAUAUAAAUAAAAAUCUUUCAUCAACACGAACAGUAACACUUGUAUCAAAGAAUUCUGAAGAUAAUAUAAUAAUCGAAAGAACAGAUAUGAAGCAAGAAAAACAAGAUGAAGAACCAACAGUUAAACGUAUUAAAAUUACAUCAAAUAGUGACACAGAUUCUCCGAUUAAAAUUAUCGAUGAUCAUGAUUAUCGUCAAGAUCUUGAUGAAAGAAAACGACAAACACAAAUGAAUAAACGAUCAUCACGUUCUCGUUCACGUUCAAAAUCAACAAGUUCACGUACUUCAUCUAUAAAAGAAUCUAAAACACGAUCACCAUCAUCAUCAUCAUCCAGUCGUGCAUCAUCAAUUAGUAAUCGUUAUCGACGACAACAAAGUGAUUAUAAAUAUGAACGUCAUCAUUCAUCAGAUAGAUCUCAUCAUUAUCAUCAACGAAAUAUAAAUAAUUCAACUUCAAUAAAUUCACAACCAGUACGUCAUCAAAGAUUUAAUUAUAAUCAUCAAUCAGUUGCUGAUCAUCCACGUUUUGCUAAUUUAAAUGUACGAUCAACUCCAAUAAGAAGUCUCAUGCAUGAUUCAUUUGAUACAUCGAAUUAUUCACAGUCCUUAACAGAUUAUCGUGACAGAUCAUCUAUGACAAAUACAAAUCGAAACUUCGACUCUUCGUAUUACACUGACUUAUUCUCAAACAAUCGAAAUUAUUCAGAUAAUCAUAAUAACGAUCUUCCACCACCUCAGCCGCUAAUGUCUACUACACCAGCAAUGAAUUUUUCUUAUUCAUAUGAUUCAAAACCAUCUCAUACAAUAGAACGUUUGGAAAUGAUUCUUCAAAAUAGAACAAUAACAUCAUAUGAACAUGAACAGACAUCAUUAAAUGAUUAUUCUUCAUCAUCAUACGCAAUGAAACCACCACAAAAUAGUAAUAAACCUUCUUGGUCUUCAUCGAGAUAA